AACAAAGUGGCGAACGGGUGAGAGGGCCUUCGAUUUUGAUUCUUUUUCUUGAGGGGGAUUCUGUCUGUCAGAAAUCACUGUCUGUCUGGUCUGCAUUGAAAAAGUGUUAAGUGGACAAUUCCUUCUCUUGAUAUGGAGGUUUUAGGUCUCUGGAAGGGCCUUCGUUCUUUCUGUUAGUUUUCGUUUGUGAAUCUUUCUCCCAUGCAUAAUUUGUUGGUCAACAACCACAACUCAAUAGAAUUCAUUCUUUAAGACUCCGGACUCUCUUUCUGUCCGGAGGGAAUCAUUGUUUCUCAAUCAAUCAUGCCUCAACUGGAUAAAUUCACUUAUUUCACACAAUUCUUCUGGUCAUGCCUUUUCCUCUUUACUUUCUAUAUUCCCAUAUGCAAUGAUGGAGAUGGAGUACUUGGGAUCAGCAGAAUUCUAAAACUACGGAACCAACUGGUUUCAAACCGGGGGAACAAAAUCCGGAGCAACGACCCCAACAGUUUGGAAGAUAUCUUUAGAAAAGGUUUUAGCACCGGUGUAUCCUAUAUGUACUCAAGUUUAUUCGAAGUAUCCCAAUGGUGUAACGCCGUCGACUUAUUGGGAAAUAGGAGGAAAAUAACUUUUAUCUCUUGUUUCGGAGAAAUAAGUGGCUCACGAGGAAUGGAAAGAAACAUCUUAUAUUUGAUCUCGAAGUCCUCAUAUGGCGCUUCUUCUUCAAAUCCUGGAUGGGUGAUCACUUGUAGGAAUGACAUAAUGCUAAUCCAUGUUCCACACGGCCAAGGAAGAAUCAAAAAAUAAGAAAGGUAUUGCUUUUUUUAUAAUAGUUGCUCGUUCGUUCAUAAAUUCACUCGACCACUUGUUAGUCUUGCUACACGACACGAGUCUAGGGUUAAGUUGAAGCAGACACGGUCAAGUAAAGUCGACUUCACAAGUGAUUCAACAUACCAUAUAUAUGGAUGGAAAUAAAAAAGGAGAGAAGGGUCUCGCCCAGGUGGCUCCCGCAAGGUAACGACUUCAAACUCAAACAAAGAACGUUCUUCUCCAAGGCAUGAGUAAAAUAAAAUGCUGUAUGUAUUGCAAGACCCGUCGAUAAGCUAAGGCUACGACAUGAAGGAAGGCCAGAAGAACUACAGAACCACGCCCACCAGAGCUAAAGGAGACCGAAGGGACUUGCGGGAGGUUAAGGUCGCUGGCUUGCCCACCCGUGGGUUCUGGUAGCCAUGGAUGGAUACAAAGAUAGAGAGAGACUUCCUGGUUCUCUAUCGUUGCUAGAUACCAAGGAUCUCAUUCCAUGAUUUGGUCCACCGAGGCCAGGGGGUCCGAUGGUGAGUACUUCCCUUCUCUGUUUACUGAUCCAGAGAUGUGGAACUCUUUGACAGCUGGAACUUGAGACUCGGCUUAGUGUAUUACGUGAUGAGGCCUCUAUUUAAGCAUCAAAACAAGAGUUACAGGAGGGAUAAGAAAGCUGUCCUGCUUACUGCUCCGAACCCAUUGCUACAUAAGGGCCAUCAACCCACUCCCGACUAGGAGUGAUGCUCUCUUC